AUGCCUUCAGUUAGGGUGCAGAGUUCUGAUGGAGAAAUAUUUGAAGUUGAUGUAGAAAUUGCCAAACAAUCUGUGACCAUCAAGACCAUGUUGGAAGAUUUUGGAAUGGAUGAUGACAGAGAUGAUGAUCAAGUUCCUCUACAGAAUGUUAAUGCUGCAAUAUUAAAAAAGGUCAUUCAGUGGUGUACCCACCACAAGUAUGAUCCUUCUCCUCCUGAGGAUGAUGAGAACAAAGAAAAGCAUGCAGAUGUUAUUUUUGUUUGGGACCAAGAAUUCCUGAAAGUUGACCAAGGAACACUUUUCCAACUUAUUCUGGCUGCAAACUACUUAGAUAUCAAAGGUUUGCUUGAUGCCACAAGCACGACUGUUGCCAGUAUGAUUAAGGGGAUAAUUCCUGAGGAGAUUCACAAAGCUUUCAACAUCAAGAAUGACUUUACUGAAGAGGAGGAAGCCCAGGUACCCAAAGAGAACCAGUGGUGUGAAGAGAAGUGA